AUGGAAAUCUGCUUACAAGAUCGCUUUCCGCGUGAGAAGUUGACAUCCCUGUUAGACAUAAAAAAUAAAAUUCGAGUAGGUCACAGUGAGUGUUGCAAUUGUUGUUGUUGCAAAUCUCCAGAAUUCAAAGCUUACAAAUACAUCCAGCCAGAAAUACCAAAAUCUUUUAAACCAAUUAGGACAUACGACAAAUCAGAUGAUCCUGUGGAAGGUUGUACGACAUAUAAACUGUCAUUUUGGCCAAACCCACCAGUAGCCACAAAACCUAUCUUGCCAAGAGGGUACUUGGGUAUUCCUGACUGUCCGUUGUCUAGUGACACGACGCAUAAAAUGAGUUAUCUAGGCAACUGGGCUGUAAAGCAACAGCAGAAGAUUCUCCCUUGUAUGAGAAAUUGGUUCGGUCGAGGACCUAUAGACGACAAAACGACACAGAAGAAAGACUUCACGUGGAAGUGCGGCCGCAAAUUGGAUCCAAUCAAGUACAGGGGCAACUUGUGCCUACCUCGAGGAGCAGUAGAAGACAACACAACAUACAAAAUGAGCUUUUACGAAUCGAAUUGCCACGAGCCAGUAAAAUCUUUCAAACCCAUCCGUUGUUACGAAAAAUCCGGUGAGCCACUCGAGGACUAUACUACUUACCGCCUCAGUUUCUUCCCGCAAGAACCUCCAAACAAGGAAACACAUCCAUGGCAGAAAAAGCCACAGUAUCAUCAGCCAACGACGCCACUGGAAGGCCGCACCACGUACAAGCUGAGUUACUGGCCACACUGUGAAGAGCGAGUCAAGCCGAUCAAGCACCAGGCCGAGAACAAUUUGCUAAACCGUAGCUGUUGUUUCGACGAUAAUACAACAUACUGUUUGAGCUACUUUGGUAGCUGUGGAGACAAAUCGAAGCCAGUGUUGCCGAGAGGACACAAAAUCUUCGAUGAUUGCCCCAUCACGCAUGAUACCGUAAAUAAGUUGAGCUAUUUCGGCAACUGGUGUCCAAAGCCGGAAAAGCCAAUCAUACCGUGUCAACGUCAACUGUUGGGCCGCGGACCAAUACAGGACGACACAACACAGAAAUGCGACUUUACAUGGAAAUGCGGAGGACCUGAGUCGCCCAUACGUCCCGAGGGCAAUCUCAUUAAUCCGAAGACGAGAGUCCUCGUUGCGCGAGAGAUAAGGCCCGAGCGCAAGAAAAGCGCGCGCGCAAUAUCUCGUUUGACAAAAGGCCGCUUGCGCAAGUGGCGCGCUUGCAACACGGAAUUCCGUUCGCGCGCGCUAGGCGAGGCGUCCGAAGCCGCAGCCCCGUUCGCGGCGGCAUCUUCACGGCCGCGCGCACAAUUCUUUUUCUUCUCUCGCUCUUUUCUUCUUCCAGGCUGCACUACCAACCGCCUCUCCUACCUGCCCAAUUGCGGAGAGUGCGUCUUGCAGAACAAGUCGUACAGGCCGGUUCGAGUUUACAUGCCGUCGCCCGAACCGAUGGAUUUGGAUACGACCACGCAGCUUAGCUAUCAGCCCAAAGAGAUCGGCCCGAUCCAGAAGAGGAAGAGGCCCGACUAUCACAAGCCCACCACGAGCUUGGACGACAAUACUACUUAUGGUUUAAGCUUCAUACCCCCCGGAAAAUUGAUCCCCUGUUGUCCGGAGGAACAGUGCAACGUGAAAGAUCCCUGUUGUCCGGUAUCAACUUCCAAACCUUGUUCUACGUCCGUCUAUCCUCAAGCUUCCGCACCAGACACAAGGCCAUGCAUCUCUUGCUAGAUCGACAGCCAGCGAUAAAUCAGAGCGAAGCGCAUACAUAUAACUUUUUUUCUAUGAAAAAUCAAUCUAAGUGUACGACAAAUGACUGUGCC